AACACUAUUAGGGAAGUGUAAAUAAAUAUAACCAUUUUAGAGGGCAAUCUGGCAAUACUUACCAAAACGUAAAAUUCACAUCCCCUAUGACCCAGAAAUCCACUACUUCUAGAAAUUCACCCUGCAUAAAUAUCAACACCAGUACAUCAAAGGUACAUGUAAAUUAAUGCUCCCUGCACCAUUGUGAUAAUUUUUUAAAUGGAAAGCAAACUGGAUGUCCACUGACAGGAAAAUAAGUGAAGUAUGACAUGACAUUGCAGUGGAACACUUUCCAGCUGUUAUAAAGAGUAAGAUAGGCUUGGGAAGCCUUUCAUGCCAUUUUGUUUAAUGGGAAAAAAGGAUAAAUCAGCGUGCAUGAUAGAAUUCCAUUUUUUGCAGAGAAAAUCAACAAAACUGGAGCCGGCAGACAUUACUGGUGGAAAAAGCAAAUGGUGCAGCUCUGUGGAAAACAGUUUGGAAGUUCCCCCAAAAGCUAAACAUAGGGUUACCAAACAAUCCAGCAGUUCCACACCUAGGUUUCUACCCAAGAGAAUUGAAAAGACACAUCCACGCAAAAACUUAUACAUGAAUGUUCAGAGCAGCAGCAUUCAUCACAGCCAAAAAGUGGAAACAAUCCAAAUGUCCUUCAGUUGUUGAAUAGAUAAAUGAAAUGUGUUUUACCCAUACUGGAAUGUUACUCAACCAUGAGAAGGAGUGAAGUAAUGAUACAUGCUACAACAUGGAUGAACCCUCAAAAUAUUACGCUAAGUGAAAGAAACCAGACAUAAAACAUCCCAUAUUGUAUGGUUCCACUUAUAUGAAAUGUCCAGAAUAGACAAAACCAUAAAGAUGGAAAGUAGAUCAGUGGUUGCCAAGAGAUGGAGGGAGGUAGGGACUAGGACUGACUGCUAACAAGUAUGGGGUUUCUUUUGGGGGUGAUAGAAAUGUUCUGGAACUGGAUAGUAAUGACAAGUGUAUAACACUGUACACAUGCUAAAAACUACUGAAUUCUACUAUUUAAAAUGGUAAAUUUUAUGUUACAUGAAUUAUUUCCAUUUAAAAUCAUCAUCAUACAUAACUGGUACAUUAAUCAAAUAUAAUUUUGAUAAAAUUAAAAUACCACUUUAAAAAACACAUCAUUUACAAUCCCUUCCAACUCCCAAACUAUCUGCAUCUAUCCUGGGUGGAACCCAGGGGCUCAGAUGACCUUAAGUUGUCAACCCCACCUUCCUGUGGAGACAGGCUGGGGGACCAGCUCUUCUCCAAGUGAUCAGUGAUGUAGCCAGUUCUACAUGGGAUCUUGGGUGGAGUUGGGGGUAGGGGUCAGAUGAAGCCAGGAAGCCUGGUGGUGGGAAAAGGAAAGAUUAGCAAGGACUCCCUGUCUCCCUCUGUCUCCUUCUGAGACUGCACAGUCGUCUUCCCUGCCUUCCUCCAGCUCCUGGACAGGGUAGGUGUUUCAGUUUCUUUGAGCAAAAUACGAAACAAAGAAGCACCAUUUCUGCCUCAAGACGCAUGUAAAGAGGUACAGAUAUAGAUGCUCUUAACGUCUAGAUGGAGCCCUCAGACAUCCCGGAGACCACCACCUCUUUUGAGUAUGAUCCUCAGAGUUUUCUGUGUGAGAAGAAGACCUUCGUCUUCGCCACCUUCAGCACCACCAUCCUGUACUGCCUGGUCUUCUUUCUCAGCUUGGUGGGCAACAGCCUGGUGCUGUGGGUCCUGGUGAAGUAUGAGAGCUUGGAGUCCCUCACCAAUGUCUUCAUCCUCAACUUGUGUCUCUCAGACCUGGUGUUCUCCUGCCUGUUGCCCGUGUGGAUCCUGGGAUACCACUGGGGCUGGUUGCUGGGAGACUUCCUCUGCAAGCUCCUCAACAUGGUCUUCUCCAUCAGCCUCUACAGCAGCAUCUCCUUCCUGACCAUCAUGACAAUCCACCGCUACCUGUCCGUGGUGAACCCCAUCUCAUCCCUGCGCGUCCAUACCCUGCAGCGCCGCGUGCUGGUGACCAUCGCCGUGUGGGCAGCCAGCGUCCUGUCCUCCAUCCCCGACGCCAUCUUCCACAAGGUGUUCCCUUCAGGCUGUGAUUAUUCAGAACGCGAGGGGUUCUUGGCCUCAGUCUACCAGCACAACAUCAUCUUCCUCCUCUCCGUGGGGAUCAUCCUGUUCUGCUAUGUGGAGAUUCUCCGGACCCUGUUUCGUUCGCGCUCCAAACGGCGCCACCGGACAGUCAGGCUCAUCUUCACCAUCGUGGUGGCAUACUUCCUCAGCUGGGCCCCCUACAACCUGAUCCUGUUUCUGCAGACACUGUUGAAACUUGGGGUCAUUCAGAGCUGCGAGGUCAGCCAGCAGCUGGAUUAUGCCCUGCUCAUCUGCCGCAACGUUGCCUUCUCCCACUGCUGCUUCAACCCUGUGCUCUAUGUCUUUGUCGGGGUCAAGUUCCGCAGACACCUCAAAAGUCUGCUCCGGCGCUUCUGGCUCUGCCGGCAACAGGCGCCCGGCCUUCCCCCAUCACCUCACCCCCCAGGUGCCUUCACCUAUGAGGGGAUCUCCUUCUAUUGACGGGGAGUUUGGGGAGACAGGCAGAGGUGGGCAGAGGAGCUGGAGGAGGCGGGGCUGAAGGAGAAGUUGGGCAGGAAGGAACAUGGAAGGCAGGACACUGGGAAAUGCUACAGCUGCAGGUGUGGGAGUGAAAGAAAUACAUUACACCAGGGAGUCCCACAUGCCCCCUCUUCUGCAGAAAAUGUCCCCACCUGGAAAUUUUUUAUUGCCAUCCAGAAAAACAUUUCUUAGAUUUUAAGAAAAUUUUUAUCUCUUAUUCCCUCAUUUAUUCAUUCAUUUAGACAUGGAUUUCUUAUCCUUGCUUAGUUCAGAGGGCUCUAAAAUGUGAACAAAUUCCUAGAAAGGAACAUCCUUCAUGACUUUAUGAGGGUCUGAAAUUCCAUUGUGCAGAGGUUGCUGGCAAGACCAUCUCUCCCCUCCCUGAUUGUCGGGUUAUCCCUGCUGAUUUGGGAGGGGGUUGGCUCUGGAUGACUGCUGGAUGAGGCUGUCUGCAGGACAAAAGUAAUCAUAUCCUCAAACAAGGGCAAUCAGAAUGAAAUCCAGAUUCUGAAAACCCACAACUGGACAGGAGACAUGUUCUGUGUCAUAGUUCCAGUUUCUAGCACAUGAACUGGCACUUGCUUAUUUAGUCUAUGAAUCUUUUAUUGAAAGAAUGAAUGCAAUAAGUGCCACCUUCUGCAGGCAUUUAUUUGGAGGAUAUGAAGAUGAACGAGAUGCAGAUGCUACCCUCCAGGUGCCAACAGUCCAGCUCGGAAGGCCCAGAGAAGUAAACACCCACCUUAAUGAAGGCAUCCGGAGGGGGAAGAUUCUGCUACAAUCUCCUCAUCUCCAGGUGGAUAUUGUGCUGACAUUUCUGAUUCAUCAUUUUCCAUCUAAAAUGUUCUCCCCCGUCUUGGUUGAUGGUACCAGCUUCCCCACAGUCACCCACACUCAGACUCACAUCACCUUUGAGCCCUGCAUUUCCUCUCCCUCCAGUCCCACGGCCAGAUCCUGUUGACAUUGCCUUCCCCGUGUCUCUCUAAUGCUCGCGGCUUCAUCCCCAAACAGCUUCACUUCCUCCGCAUCUUCCUGUUGCUCAUUUCUUCCCCACCAAGGCUCCUCUGCAUUGACAUCAGGUUGCUUCAAAGCCUUAGUGGCUCCUCAUUACAUACAAGUAAAGCCCAAAGACCUUAGCAGGUCUUUCAGGGCCCUUAUAAUCUGGUGCCAACUAACUUUCCAUUCUUUCUGCUUUUAUUCCAACCUAAGUCUCCUACCCCCAAGCAGCGUGGGAUCCAGCCACAAAAGGCCACUGGCCCUUUCCCAGACACCCUUCUCCCAGCCUCCUCCCUUCUACUCCCUAACCUGAAAUGCCCCAGCUGAAAUGCCUGCUCCUUCAGGAGGCUGUCUGCAAUCUGUAAAUCAGAGGGGCACUCUCUGGGUUCCCUCUGCUCGUCCUCUCUAAAAAAGUCUGUGUCACUCUCCAAUGUGGUUACACCCAUGGAUGUCUUAUCCCCCUGCCCCAUCAGACUGCAGACCGCCUGUGGGCAGGAACCUGAUCUUGCACCCUGCCAAGCAUGGGGCCUGGUGUUCUAUCACUGUGUACUGAGUGGGAGCAAAGAAUGACAGCUGUCAUUUUUCUUCCAGUUUAUGCUUUUCGGGCCGCCAUGUCCAUGGGACACAUUUUACCUUGUUUGCCCCAGGCUGCUGCUUUAUAAAUACUAACCUUUCUUCGCUAGUCUGCACUUACAUUGCUUAUCCCUCUCCGUGGCAAUGGCUGAACUUGCCCUGGCCUUUUAAUUAGUAGUACACAUGCCUGCCUCUUACACUAUCCCACAGCUUCACAUCCAAGGACGUAGACAAAAGGCACCCUCUCAGCUUUUCCAUAUCCCACAGACCCGGUCCCAAUCUGUGAACCUGAUUCAGCUCUGGAGUGGGCCCUUUGGAAAAAUGCCCCAGGUGAUUCUGCCAUGCACCCCAGUUAGGAACAUUUGGCUGCAACUCUUUGAAAAUAGGAAUUCCAGAGUCUUCUACCCCUUGAGCAGGACUUUGUACACAGCAGUCACUCCAUACAUGCUUGUUGAAUAAAGCAGUUCCUAAUGCAGCCCUUAGCUGAAGUCUAGAGAGCUUGUAAAGCACUUUCCCCUUCAGUUCCUGCUACAGUUUCAAUGAUCUGUUUGCCACUGGGUGGCCAGCCUUGAAGAAGUUUGACCUGGCUGGGGAAGAGUGAGGGUCUACUUUUAAGAAUUAGGCCUGUAGCACCUGAUGGAGAGGGCUGGGUGGCGCACCAGUGAAGGGAUAAAACUCUUGUGGCCUUACUAACCAAUUGGUGGGGACAUCACCCACCACAGAAGAAAAAAAUGGCCAAAAGAAAUGGGCAAUUAGUAGUCAUGGGGUCAUAGCCAAGCCUAUGGGCUUCUGGUCAGCCUAAUCAUUCCACAUUCCUUCAAACUGAUAAUAUUAAAAUUUUAUUCAGCUUUUAUUCAGAAGGCAGGCUGAGCCCAGGGAGCAGAAGGGCAGAGGACUCCAGCUCACACACCCACUUCACCAAACCAAAGCACAACAGGUUUUGAGCCUACUCUUCUUAGAAGGCAGGUUGGGGGAUCUUGUGUCACUACAGAGCAUGCCCUUUGAGAUCAUCUCUCCACCAUCUCCUCACCCCAUCCCAUUCCUGAACAUCCCAAGAUGCUUAUCUAAGUGUUUCUUUCAACACCUACAGCCAUUUCCUGGGAGCACUUCAUUAGUACUAUUGUGUUUGUCUUUUUACAUUUCUGCUGAUGUUUUGGCAUCCCCAGUAGACUAGCUCCCAGGGUAAUCUUUAAUCCAGUGUCUUCUCCUAAUCUAGCUCCUUGAGACUCCAAAGGAAGAGGCACAGAGAAAGAGAGGUGUGAAUGGGAAGAUGGAGGGGCAUCCCUGGGUGGAACAACUAGCUGAAGGAAGCAGCCAGCCAGCUGCACACCAGUGACUAUGCUCCACCUUUGUUUAUCACACUCUUCAUGGGCCACAGUCUCCUGCUUUCCCUUCCCUCCACCCACUGAAACUGCUGCUCAACCUCAACUGGACCAUUGUGGGCCUCUCCCUCCCGCUCCAGGGCCCUGGACAUGGGCUGCAGACUUUCUGCCAUUCCUGGAGCAAAAACAAUCCACAGUGGCUUCAAGGGAAUAUCCUCUUCACAGCAUUUCCACCUCCAUACUCUCUCAGACAAAAUCAGCAAGAGAAGAAGCUUGCUGAUCUCUAAAUAGGAAGGUGGCUCCAAGCCCAGUGCAGCCCCUGACCAGCUGGAGUAGAAGGUCCUUGAGGGCACAAGCCCCAUUUUGCAUAUCUAGAACAUCCCUCAGUACCCAACAAUGUUUGUGGUUGGUUAAGUAAGUGGAUAGGAGACCAUCUUUUUUAGCUUUUUUCUACUUUUGUUUCUUCUUCACACACUUGCUUAUGUUACAUCUUCCAGUUAGUACCAGGCACUGCCCAAUGGGCUUCCCAUGAACUCUUCUCCAGGGCCCACCAGCCCAGACAUCACUUGCUUUGUUGAACCCCUAAUGGCUUUCAUUUGUGAAACCUGCCUGUGACCAUACAAAUAUUAAUUACUCUUAAAAUCCUCUCAUAAAUAGAGAAAGCAUCAUGUAUCACAUAUGCAAAUAAACGAUUAGCAUGUAA